CAUCGCUGUGAUUGGUGGAGCGGGCUGAGGAGGAACUGGAUAACAAGCGUUGCGGAAACGGGCAGCCUGCUGUUAUAUAGAAGCGUUUUGUUUUGUUUUUAUCUGUGCUUUUGGUGAAAAUGGAAGUGGAUGAGUCGACUACUGAGACACCUCUCAAAAACCAGGACCUUAGUUUUCUACAGCAGAGUUUGGGAGCUCUUCUUUCUGAUUAUGGCUGGUACCUGCUGUUUUGGUGUGUUGCUCUUUACCUGCUUGUCCAGCAGCUGAGUAAGAGAAGAGCAGAACGGCAUGGAUCAGGUCCCGGAGAUGUUCACGAUCCUUCGGCUGUGGUGGAGCGCCAGACAGCUUUAGAAGCCGCCCGUCGAAGGAUGCAGGAGAAGCUGGAUUCUAAAGCGGAGCAAUUCAAAGAGAAACAAAAGCAGCUUGAGGAAGAGAAGAGAAGGCAGAAGAUCAAGAUGUGGGAGAGCAUGCAGGAAGGGAGGAGUUACAAGGGCAACCCCAAGCUUCUGCAUAACACAGAGGAAGCCAGCUCGACAACAGUUUUAAAACCCAAAACCAAGAAGCCACUUCGAGAUAGUGGUGCGUACGAUCGGCCUCUUUCUCAUGUAACGCGUCCCGUGCUUGGAUGUGCUCUUGGAAUUUUUCUAGACAGCCUUUUCGAAGUCUCGUUUUAAGAUGUGGGUGCAGUUUCUUAAUUUUGGAAAUAAAAUUGGAUAGUCAACAUAGGGGAACAUUGGCCAG